AGACACAACUUACAACAACAACAAUCACACCAAACACACAUACACAACAAACAAAGAAAACAAAAACAAAAAUGGUUGCAAUCUCUGAGAUUAAGUCGACGGUGGAGGAUACGGCGGUGGCGAAUUGUCUGAUGCUUUUAUCAAGAGUCGGACAAGAACCCGUGGGAGAUCAAAAACGCGUUUUCACGUGUAAAACGUGUUUGAAAGAGUUCCAUUCGUUUCAAGCGUUAGGAGGUCACAGCGCGAGCCACAAGAAGCAUAACAACAAUGAGAACCUCUCUGGAUUGAUAAAGAAAGCUAAAGCCCCCUCGUCGCAUACUUGUCCCAUAUGCGGAGUGGAGUUUCCGAUGGGACAAGCUCUAGGAGGUCACAUGAGGAGACACAGGAACGAGAGUGGGGCUGCGUUGGUUACACGGGCGUUACUACCAGAGCCGACGAUGACGACGUUGAAGAAGUCGAGCAGUGGGAAGAGGGUGGCUUGUUUGGAUCUGAGUUUGGGGAUGGUUGAGAAUUUGAAUCUCAAGUUGGAGCUUGGAAGAACAGUUUGUUAAUUAAUUUGUUUCUUUUGUCUGAAUAUAUUAAUGAGUUUCUCUCAUUUUUUGAAUUUUUCCUUAAAUAGUUUAGAUUUGUACAUACAUAUCUGCAGAUUUAGGAAACUUCAAAUACUUCAUAGGGUGUAAUCUUAUACUAUUUCCUAGAGAAUAUAUUUGUUACUUUUAGCA